CGCCCGGAGAGCACCGCUUUGGCCCCUGCGCGCUCUCCGCGACCUGGUGUAUUUGCUGCGGGGAGCGGGGGCCGUCCUCGGAGCCUUGACAGAGAGGCCUGAAAAGAUUAGGAAAACGUUGUCCAAGCAACUAUGGGUCUGUGGCUUAAUGGUCGACUGCGACCUUAUUGCUGCCACCUCUGUUCUUCACCUCCUCCUUCCGCCUCUCUGUCUAUCGCCUCGUUCGCCGCCUCGCGCACGACCGGCCGCGGAGUCUCGUGGUGGCUCGAGCGCCGGCCGCAGAACGUGGGACCCGUGUUAGCCCAGAAGUCCUCGCACAGAUUUCGUGGCUGGAAAAAUGUAGCUGGCAGGGAACAAAAUAUCAGUUCUUUAUUAAAUUGCAGUGGAGAUGCUGCUCUGGACUCGCUGGGUUUCAGUAAAAAUGAAGCCCCUAAAUCGCUUAAUUUCUCCAGAGUAACAGCCAUGUUCCUCUCGUGUUUCGGUGCAGCCGUGGUAGCGCUGCGGUGCCGGGCACCUUCCGGAACUAGAACGCUCGCAUGAGCGCAGUCUUGCAGACGAGUGCAGCCCGUCUCCAAAAAGUGCCCGUAGAUCUGCCCAGCCUGCUGAUGAAACGGAAACCGCGGCUCCUUGCUGAGUGAUUGCAGGCCACAAGUCCGCUGGUAAAAUGGAUGAUGUACUGGAUUGUAUUCGCCUUCUUCACUACAGCAGAAACACUCACGGAUAUCAUUCUUUCUUGGUUUCCCUUUUAUUUCGAAUUGAAAAUCGCAUUUGUGAUCUGGCUGCUCUCCCCUUACACCAAGGGCUCCAGCGUCCUCUACAGGAAGUUUGUGCACCCAACGCUCUCCAAUAAGGAGAAGGAGAUUGAUGAGUAUAUCACCCAGGCCCGUGACAAGAGCUAUGAAACCAUGAUGCGAGUUGGGAAGAGAGGGUUAAACCUGGCUGCCAAUGCAGCAGUUACUGCAGCUGCAAAGGGUCAGGGAGUUCUGUCCGAGAAGCUACGGAGUUUCAGCAUGCAGGACCUAACUCUGAUCAGGGAUGAAGACGGUGUGCACCUGCGGAGUCCUGAGCCACGGCUGCAUCCCUCUGGUGGGGGCCUUCUUGAAACCAUUGACGAUUCGGCUUCUUGUUACUCUUCUGGAGAAGAAGCCAGCAUAGCACAGAGGUCUAAUGGGAUCCAGUCUGAUGCUAGAACAGACCCAUCAGAUGACGAUGCAGGAGACAAAAUGCCCAAACGUACUCAGAGUCUUAAAGCUCCAAAGAAAGUGACAAAAACUGAGCCUCCACUAAAGAGCAUAAAAGCUCGCCCCAAGAAGAAAGCUGUGGGUUCUGUUGCUGCUGGCGAGUCGGCCUAAGGAGACCUCCCCCACCCGUAUCUGUCCCAGGAUUCACCUGUUACUUUGAAGGGACACUCUCCAAAGAAGGGAGCUGAGAUUCAUAUGACUGGAAAACGUGGCUCAAAACAGUCUGCAGACACUUGAGCAAAUAUGAGGUGGAGCAAUCCAGAGGCCCUUCUGUCCCAACUCCAGAAGGCUCCAGGAGAGCCAGUCCACAGGGCAGGAGAGCUUACAAAUAACUAAAGUAUGAAAACAUCAUUAUCCUGAUCCCAGAACUCCAUUUUUGGGUUGGGGGGAGGGGGGGGUCAAGGGGAGCACAGUAUCAGGAUUGAUCAAUCCUUCUGCUGCAUCCCAUUCCAGCCCUUGAGAACCAACUUCUCGUCUAUCUGACCAUGUGCCAUUUCCAUCAACCUGGGACCUGAGCAGCAUGUAAGACUCGAAUCAAAAAAACAUGUGGAUAUGGGAUAUGUAAUGUGGGAGUCAGACUUCAGUAAUCCUCACAUAGAAAGACUUUGAGGUGAGUCAGUCCAAACUAUAUGCUGGAUCCUAACCCCUCAGAAUAGGUUAGAGGAUUUUUCCCUUUUGGGUGAAAACACGUGCUACCCUUUACCUGUUACUAGUUCCAUUCAGAUUUAUGAUGGUGGGAAUUUCUUAUGUGAAGUAGCACCCCUCAUCUUGCUAGCUUUUAUGAUUUCCUCAGCAGUGAUUGAGGGAGCAUCCUUGAUGCCAAGGUAAGUAUUCAUGUGCACAACUGCUAUCUUAGAGAGAGACUUGGAGACCUUGGUUUCUAUUGAGAAUAGCUGCCAAAGGAGUCUGAUCUUCCUGGCUGCUUCUCCUUAUUUAAGAGCCAUGCUCUUUUGUAUUCAAGGUGUAGGACUUCCUUCCAAAUCUCUGUAUCCUGCUAUCACACUGCUAGAACUAGGACAGAGUUUUUAGUCUAAAAACCCUGUUGUUUUGUUGUAGGCAGGGUCUAGAACUUCCCCUGUAAUCCAGGUUAUGAUUACAUUUUCCGUCUACUGGACAGUUCUUAAAUUGCUCAUAACAGUAGAAGUGUCAUCUUGGGCUGAAAUUCUACACAUUUCUCCUUCAUCUGGAAAUAGACUUUCUGGAAAGCUCAGCUGCUUUUGGAACAAGAGCUAGGGAAGACAUUUUUGCCCUUGAAGCUAUGAUUUUUCAAAAUUGGGUCCAGGUUCUAUGGCAGACAGUGGAAGGAACUUGUAAGAAACAGUGACUUAAUGAGACGGGGUGUGGAAAAACAUUCGUUUUAGCUUUUUUAAAAAGGGGAAGGAGAGUUCCUGCUCUGCUCUUAACAAGUGCUUCUAUUAUGCCACGGUUACAGCUGUGUGAACCUGCCUAAAUUAAGGAGGGUUAAAGUUGGAAUGGUUUUGCUACACUCGUUUCACUGCAGAAUCAGAGUUGCAUCAUAACUGCUUGCUCUGGUAUCUUUUGAUAAGUAUGCCAUUGAUGCAUCUGUCAUAAACCUUUUCAUAGUCUGGUGAAAAUACAUUUUGAUUUGGCUGAAGCUUUAAGAUUUAAAAAACGUACUCUCUUGCCUUUUAUCAAUUCCUAACCUGCCAGUGUUCCACUAGCAUUAUAUGAAAGUGCAUGUAUUUCAGUGGAAAUCUUUGGAGAGGAUUCAACUAUUUAACCAUUUUACAGACCUUGGGACUGUAAAGUGAAGAGAAACUUGUGUAGAAUGUUGUUUGGAAAAAGACUGGGCUUUGAAGGAUUGCUGUCCCAGUCUGUAGCGUACUGGGUAGAACAGAGCAAUUAACUCUCUACAACAUGCAGAGUGUUCUGCAUAGCCACAUUUUUCUAGUUUUAUUUUUUUAAAAGUAAGUCUCCAAAUGUUGCAUUUAAAGAUCAUGGACUCAAGUUUGGAAUUGCAAGGGUAAAGUAGACUGUCCACAUGCUCAUCUUCCCCUCGCCUUCCUUGAGUUUAUGCUUUGCAUUAAUGUCUAAUUACAAAACCUUCAUACUGUGAAUUUUCCAGAAGAGCCAUUUCAGAAACUGGGUGGUGCAGAGUGAAUGAGACGGAACUGCCUUGGGGAUAAGGCAGAGUUUCAUAGUAGGUAGGGUCGGAAGGGACCUGAGCAGAUCAUCAAGUCCAACCCCCUGCCAUGGGCAGGAAAGAAUGCUGGAGUCAAACGACCCCAGCUAGGUGAUUAUCCUGGGG